AUGGAGUAAUAGGAUAAUUGCUUUAAUAAUCUGGAAGAUUUAAUGAAAUCUAACUUGAAAGUUCUAACUCAUAUUGACUUACAGUUAAAAAAUUUUACUCUUAGUAAUGAAUAAGUUACUUAGCUUAACACUUCUUUAGUAUAAUGUGAAAAAUUAGAAUCUUUGAUAUUAAAUCUUAACAAAGAAAAUAUUUCAGAUGAUUAGAUAAGUUAAAUAUUUGCUAAAUACUCUUACUUAAAGGAUUUUAUUGAAACUAAUAAUAAGAGCAAUGAUUAAAUAUAUGCUCAAAUUUUGUCUUUAGAAAGUAACUUUAACUUACAAUUUAAAGCUUGUAAAGAACCUAGAUUAAAUGAAAUUUAAGAUUAAGGAAAUAUUCUAUUAGAAGAAACUAUGAGCAAUCUCACUAAUCUCAAAAGUUUACAGCUAAAUUUAGAUGGAAAUUAGAUUGAAUAUGGAGGUGCAGUUUAGAUUUGCACAGUAUUACAUAGAUGCAAAGCACUUACUAACUUAAAUUUGUAGCUUUGGAAAAAUAAAAUGGGUGAUAGAUAGAUAGAGAGUAUUGCUGAAGGUAUUAAUAUUUGUACUAAUCUGAUAACCUUAACUUUAAACGCAUCUGCAAAUUUAUUUGGAAAAGAAGGUGCAUUUUCAAUUAGUAAAGCAUUAGGUAGUUGUUGUAGAAUGUUGACCCAUCUAGAUAUUAACCUCUCCAAAAAUGAAAUAGGAGAUGAAGGAGUAUCUGCUAUUUGUAUUGUACUAGGUAGCUGUAAAUUACUUAUGAAUCUAAAAUUUGAGCUUUCUAACAGUUAAAUUGGAGAUGAAGGAGCAUAUUCUUUUGGAAAAGCAUUAAGUAGCUAUAAGUCACUUAUUAAUUUAAAAUUUUCGCUUAGGGAAAAUAAAAUCAGUGAUGAAGGAGCAUAAAAUAUUGGAUUAGGCUUGAGUAACUGUACUCAACUUACAAGUUUAACUUUUGACAUAACGAAAAAUAAAAUCGGUGAUAUAGGAGCAUAAAAUAUUGGAUUAGGCUUGAGUAACUGCACUUAACUUACAAGUUUAACAUUUAGCAUAGCUUAAAAUUAAAUUGGAGAUUAUGGAGUUUCUACUAUUGGUACAGCACUUGGUAACUGCAAAUUCCUAACUAAUCUCCACUUUUAGAUUUGGGAUAAUAAAAUCGGUGAUGAAGGAGCAUAGAAAAUUGGAUUAGGUUUGAGUAACUGCACUUAACUUACAAAUUUAGUAUUUGGCAUGUCUAAUAAUUAAAUUGGGGAUGAUGGAGCUUCUAGUAUCGGUAAAGCACUUGGUAGCUGCAAAUUCCUAACUAAUCUCACCUUUUCGAUUUGGGAUAAUAAAGUUGGUGAUGAAGGAGUAUAAAAUAUUGCAUUAGAAUUGAGUAACUGCACAUAACUUACAUAGUUAUUUUUUUAACCAGAUAAUAAUAAUAAGUUUCUAAAAUCCAGUCAAAUAAUCAAUUGUAAAAAUAUAAAGUUAUUAAAAUUGCAUGGAUAUGUAAAAACAGAAGACAAAAGAUUAGCUUAAAAAAUAAAAAGAUUAGUUAAAUUAAUUGUAGAUUGAAUUAACUUGAAUUAAAAAUUAAAUUUUAAUUAUUAACAGCAUCGUACGUAAAUUUAACAAAAAAAAUUGGAUAAAAAAGUUGUAAAAUAAUUUUUUUUUAUCUUUUAAUUUGAUUUUCUGAAA